AUGCAGAUGCUCUGUGUAUUAUUAGAAGCUCUGAGGUCUGGUGAAAUACCUUUCUCGGUGGGUGCCCUGGCGCUCUCCCCCGGGCCUUACGCCAGACCUGCAAACACAGAAAGCUUCACUGAAACAGAAAAGACACAACCCCAAUUCCAGCACCCAGUCAGACUAUUUUGGCCCAAAUCCAAAUCCUACGACUACCUGUACAGUGAUGGGGAAAACCUUCUGAAGAACUUCCCAGUCCAGGCAACAAUUAGCUUCUACGAGGAGUCUGACAGCGAGGAUGAGGAGGAAUAUGAUGAAUCUGAGAGCGAACAGGAGGUCUCUCCAAAAUACAAGGCUCUACCUGCAACUCACUUCACCAGCUACAACUGAACCUACUAUCAACAGCUUAGAACCUAUGUAUUUAUAUUUCAAAUAUAGUUAUUUUAUUUCUGCUGGAAAUGUAUGAUGAAAAACAAAGAUCAAUUGACUGCAGCUGAAGAAAAUCUUUGUUCUUGUUGGAAGUCACCUAGUUCCUCCACUGUUUUGUGCUUGUUAAGACAAUGAGUUGUUUGCCUGAUCAAUGUGCCAUCUGUUUAAUAAUCUUGGUGUGAUGCCUAAACUUUUUAAUUAUUGUUUUUAGUAUUGGACCUAGUUUGUCCCAUAUUGGGGUUGUUUAUUUGAGAGGAGUGGCAUAACAAAA